AAAAAUAAACAAAAAGCCGCACACUUUUCAUCUCGCCUUCUGCCAAUCGCAACAAUUAAAAAUGGAAAACUUCCCUUCAAGCUCACGCUCGACCUUCCGCAUCCCGCGGCGUCCAGCCGUACAAGCCACAAACACUUACAACACACCUCUCAUUGAUGGCAACGACCAGGCCGACAGAGACCGCCAAUUGCCACCAAACAAUCGCACACAUCGGGCGCAUCCCCAAAAUGCAGCCUCCACGUCGCAUCACCAUCGUCAGGGCCGCCAAGGUGGACGCAACCCACGCCGUCCAAACGCAAAUCAGCGCACCACCACUCGCCUGCCUUUCCCGACGACGGUCAUCGACUCAUGUGGCACGCGCGUUUUCGCCUUGCAUCCAGACGUUUACAACGCGCUCAGCAGCAGCGACAGAAGGAAUUAUAGGAGACAAAUGGGCAGCCAGGUGAAAAAGUUCCAAGAAAUCCUCCGCCGAAAGAGGGAAAUCAUUCACCAUUACCAUGAUUUGGGAACUAAAAAACUUCAGUUGCGCCUCCAGUCAAACUCGCGUCGCCAACAAGAGCAAAAGGAACCAUUCUAUGCCCUCCGAGUGUCCUCCAUUGAUGACCUCCCUCCCUUGCUGCACGAAAGUCUUGUCCACAUAAGCCAGCAAACAACAACCUCAGAUCGAGGAAUUGCCCUUCCUGAAGGUGAACCAGAAACACCCACGCCUCCCACUGAAGUAGUCGCAGCCCCAAGCGCGACCCCAAAGUCUUCCAGUUCCUCAAGCUCUUCGGACUCCUCAUCCAGCUCAGACUCCGACAGCUCAUCAACUCCGUCAAGCCCAGCCACCAGCGUGACCAGCAACCCCAAACGCCGACGCGUGUGAAUGUUGAGUACAGACAAAUCCCAAGAGGAAUGAACUUUUAAUUUUGCCACAAUUCUGCCAAAAGUCGCGGAAAACAAAUUGUCCCUAGUUGGCCAAAUAUUCAAUUUUCAAGAUCAUCUUAGUCGCCCAAGUCGCGACAAAAACUUUCUGUCCUUGUCGACAAAGAAAAAUUUUAAUUUUGUUCCUGAAAAAGCUGCCAGGUAGCAGCGCCAAAUUGUCCAAGUUGACAAUACUCCGGACUGACUUACCAAGUUGUAAGCAGUCAGAUUGAUUGCCCAGUUGCAAAAGCCAUUGAAAAGUAAAACUCUAAUUGCCCAGUCGCGAACGAGUUAAUUCUCAGCCAAGUUGCUCAGAUUUUCACUUGGCCAAAUUUUCAAGAGAGAAGACAACUAAGAAGAACACACACACACACUUUUAAUUUCAAUUAAUUAGUCUCAAAAGUUUUCUCUUUUACAAAAAAUUCCUUGCCGUAAAUUUUUUUCCUUUCCCGGCGGGAUAUUUGAGACCAUAAUUUCAAUUAAAAAUAAAUUAAAUUUUAAUUCUAAAUUUAAAAGCAAUUAAAGUCACUUUCACAAACAAAUGUUUAAAUAAAAAUUAAAUCAAAUCAAAAAGUAAAUUCCAAUAAAAUAAUUAAUGUAAUUAUUUUAUUCAAAUUAAUUAAUGUCAAUUAAACUCAAUUAAAAUCAAACAAAGCUAGACGGACAACAUGAAUCCGUAAAAUGUACUAAGGCCAAAAUAAAACAAGCCUCCCGCUUCUCUCCUUCUCUUUGAGUGA